UAAAAUUUCUGUGUCAUGCUGUCAAGUGUCAUAUUAUCUGUCAUAUUGGCUUGCCGAGUUUCGCCCGCUGCGAAAUACGGAAUUUUCUAUUUUUAUCCGCAUCAGGAGACAAUAAAUACAAACAUUUAUGCAGUCCGACGAAGAAGACACUUCGUUGCAUUCAUGCUUCGACUCGCUAAAAACCGCCGUCAUGGGGUGCUGCUAUAGUAUUUGCCACAAAGACACGGAUCCACAGGAGAACACAGUGAACGAGAGGACUCAUCUACUAGAAGUGACGGAACAACAGCAGGAGACGCCGGUGCCGGCCGCGUCGGCGUCCACUCCGCCGCGCAAGCCUGACGAGCAGAGCGCGCUCAACAGGAUACUGCACGAGACUGCCACCAAUGUAAUCGACGUAGGCGCUCUAGGCCCAUACGCGCUGGAAGCGAGCGCGUACUCGGAGCGCGUUCGCGUGUACAGCGCGCGUGUGGCCGGGCUCCCUGCACCCGGGGCGCCGGCGCCGCGGCUGCUGGCUGAUCUGCCGCAUUCUGAGCGAGCCGCCCUGUUGGCCAGGCCUGCGCUGCCGGCUGAGGAUAAAGACUUUAUAACGAACGCUGUGAAGAAAGCGGCAGCUGCCAUUUCGGAGCUCCGAGUGGAACACCACGAGGACUUAGUGGUCCCGUUCAGGGUGCCAUAGCAGAGGCGAACGGCGUCGUACUGCGAGGACGAGCGCCCAUACUGACACGGACGCGAACGGCGGGGGACAUAGAUAGGUAAAUACAAUGAGAAAUUAGAAAAAAAACAUCAAAAAAUACUUUUCCGAAAAAAAGUUGCGCGAUUGUGGCGCGACAGUUGCGCAACUGUCGGGCAACUUUUAGUGUGAAAGCUGUAUUUUGGUGUGAAAAGGCCUCUAAAGUAAAGGACCAUUGUAAUUGGUGUUUAAUAUUUAUUGAAUGGUUUGUACUUUGCUGGACAGAAUUAAGUUUUUAUUAAAAAAGGCGGAUUUAGAGAGUACAUACUAUUAUCGACUUAUAAAGCCUGAUUCAUAAAAUACUUUAUUUUGAACUCUUAUCUGCCUUUUUAAAAUAAAAACUUAUUAUAGAUACCAAUAGCUGAAAAUGCAUUCAAUAUGACCAGUGCUGAGUACAUGUAUUGUUAUAAACUUGAAGGAAAAGACUAAUCCCGCCAUAUUUGAUAUCGGUCAAAACUGCUAGACUUUCAUAUAACUCAUAAGUUACUUUAACUAAAUAAACUGUCCUAUAAACUCCGACUUAAAAUUAUUUUAUCUUAGACUUCCGUCUCUCUCUGUUAAAUGUAUUUGCAAACUGAUGAGAAAGAGACAAAAAAGUCUGGCAUGUUAAAAAUAGCAGAAAACUUGCAAAUAUUAUUUGUGAGCAAGUCAAUGCAAUUUAGAACUGUGUAUUAGUAUGUAUAAAAUUAUCUUGUCUAACCUUUUUAUAUACUUUCAAUAUACAUAAUUUUAAUUUUUUUAUUACAUUCUUUCUUCUCAUUAAAUCUAUAAAAGUAAAAAUUUUCAACGAAAUUGUAAAUAACUUCGCGAAAUACUAUAUUGUUUAAUUAUUACCUAUAUUAUGUCUUGUUUUGCUGUUACAAAAAUCAUUAUUUCAAAAAUAGUGGGUGAAUUUAUAAUAUUCUAAAUUGUUAUCCGUUUACAACGAUUUUAUUGUUCUAUUCUAAAUGUUUGUAGGUCUAUGGUUCGUUUUUACAUAACUUUUGGCUAAAACUAGAACUUAUUAAUAUUUUAUAUUGGUCUAUAUUGUCUAGAAAUUGAUUUGUACCGCAUAGGACCAUUAUCAUAUCAUUUAUUCAAUAUUUACAAUAGAUUUAAGUUUUAUUGUAACCAGUAUUUUUUCUGUGUGAUAAAUGUAUGUUCCACCUUGUUUUGAAAAUCUUGUUAACAGGAAUAGUUAUACUGGUAAUUUAAGACGGUUUUGACAUCCAUAAUUCAAUAAGUUGCGCAACAGUGGCGCAACAUCGUGCCACCUUUUUCUGUGGAGUAAUGUAACAUCACUUUUAAAAAUACCAGUGUGAUUUUAGCUCAAGUUCCUUUUGCAAAUAUGGUCGGUUAACAAACCUUUUUACUGAAUACAAUGCGAUCAAAAUGAGAAUAAGUAUUUACGAAAAUAAUUGCUAGUUUAUACCUCUAUAGUUAAUAUGCUUAUGCAAAUUUUAAUCGCCUUGUAUAAACAAUAAUAAAUUGCCAUUUGCAAAUUUUUUUACGCCGGUAUUCAAAACACGGUGAAACAUUUUCUGCUAAGCACAAUAUUUAUGUUUUAAUUUCAGUUUAUUCUUUUUUGCCUAGGCAAGUUUCGCAUUAUAAAUAAAACUAGACUUAUUAACAUGAUAUUAUUUUGUACCGAGACAAUCUUUUGACAGUCUAAUUAAUGUUGCUCUGAUAAAAACGACAAUUUACUCCAUAAUUAUUAUUAUAUUUGAUUCGAAGUUAAUUCCUGCAGUCAUGUUUCAGUUUAUUUUUGUGUGUAAACUAAAAUUUUGACUAAUAUCCUAAAUUAGAACCAAAAAGUCUUCAUUGACAAAAUGUAGCGACUGAACCUUUUUUAGAGAAACAAAAAUCAAUUAAUAAUUUCAAGCGAUUUUCAUUCGUAUUAAUUUUGCCAUUAGAACUCAAUUUUGCGUAGCAAGCGGUAAGUUUCUAUCAUGAUAUCAAUCAAAUAUGAACUUUAGAUUAUUGCUAUAAAGAUCGUAAUCAUUUCAACACUUUGUGUGCCUCAAUGCCGCUCUUAAACCACCUAAAAAAUUAUUAAUUGAUUUUGUAUUUUGUUUCUCUAAAUAAGGCGGUCUUGUAAACCUGCGACUAGUCUUGCAUAUCUGCGAUUAAUCGCAAGUUUGCGUCUAUUUAUUAUUAUUAACGAUGUGUAAUUGUAAAUAACCGAUUUAAGCCUAAACUUACAUCUGUGAUGCAGAUUGUCUAUGUGUUAUUGUCGUGGGCUUAUUGUGUUUCAUAGUUAUAACGUGGCUGCUUUGAUUAUUUUGCAAAAACGAAAAAAAGUUAAUCAUUUUCCACUGGGCAGGACAAUUUAUUUCAGUGAUGUGAAAGAGGUUCCUUAAAAACAUUUUGGUAACUUGCAAAUAAUCAAAGCAGUAACGUGUAGAUAACAAGAUGACUGACUGAAUGUAGUUAGUUUUAUCAUAAUGUAUAGAGAAUAUAAAGCCAGGUAGAAUAUCCACAAGUUUCACUCUGCUAAUACAAAAUGAACCUUAUAUCGAUAGAAUUAGGAUAUAUUUUGUGUUAGCUGGUAAACUUGGAGAUAUUUUAUCCAGCUAAAAUACGUGUAUAGAAUUUUGCUACAUAUAAAGAGAGCUUAUAAUUGAUUUAAAUGUUAUCCCGAUGCCAUGUAACAUGUUUUGUAUAUAUGCAUGUGACGUCUUGCGUUUUUUUUGUCGCGUACGUGAGUGCGUGACCGCCCUAAUAGUAAGAAGUUUCAAUUUUAAGUUUAUGUUUGGAAUGAUAAAGUCUUGUUUAAAUGGAGCGAUUUUUAGUCAGUAUAAUACGUUUUUUAAGGACUUUUUGUGAGAGAAAAGAAUUGAUUAAAGUUAUUGGAAAAUUUUGACAGUCGUUAAACGAGUGUUGCCAUCUACAGUUUUCGAAAAGUGACUAAAAAUUGUUCCGUUUUUUUGGGAAUGUCUACGCUAUUUUGACAAUGCGUAGGAAUGUAAGAAUUAUUAACUGUUUUAUUAUUAUUGAGGAAUACCAGUUAUUUUGUCAUGCACACCAUUAAUGUAUAGUAAUAAAGUUAUUAUAAAUUUAUAUUUAAA